AUGAGGAGCCGCAAGAGGGGACCAUCGGCGAAACAGCUGCGACAAAGAAACCAAAACGCUUCCAAUGUAUGCGCUGUGAGACGCGAUUUGCACGACUCGAACAUCUCCAGCGCCAUGAGAGAAUCCAUACCCAAGAAAAGCCUUUCUGCUGUCAAUUAUGCGACCAUCGGUUUACUCGAAGGUGGGUAUAGGGUUUUCCCAGAAUCGCUCAUUUUUUGGCUGGAAAUCAUAAUUGCGACAGGCCCGCUGACCGAAUCAAACAGUGAUCUAUUGAUCCGACAUGAACGCCUUUCACACAAUAAAGACGGGUCGAGAAAAAAGCCACGAACCCCUUCCAAGCCGCGUAAACCAACAUCCAAGAAAUCAGCUCCUUCAGCUGUCUCAUCCGUUACGGCUUCUCCAAUGACUCUACCACCAUUUAAAAUCGACGAUGGGCAGAGAAAAAUAUUUCUGGGUGCCGACGUGCUCUCAGAUGCCCCUGAUACCAACAAGUACCCGUUGGCGACACUAACAAUGGCCGCUGAACAUGUAGCUUCGCAGAUGCCCGAUAGAAUAGUCAGUACACAUGCCCAUAUUGUCCCAGAGAAUAUGGGACACAGCAAAAGUGAGCCGGUUCGGAGACUACCAGAGUCUUUGGCGACGAAGGACAGCCAUGCUGCAAAAACAGAUCUGAGGCAUUCUAUAAACGAACUAGCUGCCUUCCUAGAUGACGAGGCACGCUCUCCCUACCAGUCUGCGUCGAUGGUGAGCGUGGAGCAUCCGGUGCCUUUUUCUUGGUUAGAACCAACUUGUCAUCCAGAUGGCCUUGAUGCAGAUAUUCGACCGCCGUCCACUAUCCGCUACCCACGAAAUUCGGACAAGGCGGGAGAAAUUGACUCGUUAUCCCGUUUGGGUCCAUGCGUUCCAUCUAUCUUGCAGGAAGACCGGAAAUAUCAGACUGGACAAACGAUUCCAUCACGGAAACCUUUGUCCAAGGUUUCACUCGAUGACAGGCAGGAUAUUUUGUCCAGGUUAGAAGACUUUUCUUCAGUAAUACCGUCAGGGUUUCAGUUGCCUUCUCGUCUCGCACUGUCCCGAUACAUCGCUAGCUAUAUCAACGGGUUCCAUGAGCAUUUUCCGUUCCUGCACGUCUCCACAAUGUCGAUCAGCCAUUGCCUUGUAGAGCUCAUUCUCGCCAUGGCUGCUGUGGGGGCGCAAUACUGUUUUGAAAAUGAAAGGGCGAUUGAAUUGUUGUAUGCUAGCAAGAAAAUUGCAAUUACGCGCAUAGGGCGUAGAGAUGCGAAGCUUGCGGCAAUGCAGCGCCAAGCAGAGACAGAGUUAGCUUCUUCUGCCGAAGGUAUAGAUAAUUCUGCAGCUCUCCACACACAUCCAUGCCAGGACAUGCCCAAACGGCCUGGUCUACAGCCAGAGCCGCCAUCAUCGUUGCUGGUGACUUCAGACAAGCAAGAUCUGAUCCAACCAACCCAGGCUCUUCUAAUAUUGAUGGCCCUAGCAACGUGGGCGAAACACAAGGAAUUACUCCGAGAAGCUCUUGCCCUGCAGAGCAUGUUAUUUACUCUCGUCCGUGAUGAUGGCCUCCGCAGCCAGCCUGUGCCUGAUGAUAUCUCCUGGGAUGAUUGGAUAGAGCUUGAAAGCAUCAAACGGACGAAAUUCAUCGCCUACUGUUUUUUCAACCUCCAUUGCAUAGUGUAUAAUAUUCCUUCACCCAUCCUUAAUUCUGAGCUCAAUCUUUAUCUGCCAUGCAGUGCGGCUGAGUUCAAAGCUCCAAGUCGUCUCAAAUGGAUGGAAGCGAGGGUAAAAGCUGGCCCUCAAAUGAGCUUCCAGACAGCUUUGAAUCGCCUGUUCUCGCAUGGCGGUAACGCGAUCACGGAAUGCAAUUCAUCCUUGGGUAACUAUAUUUUGAUCCAUGCCAUACUCCAGCAUAUAUUUUGUCUCCGUCAUUUUUCUCGCGGUAGAUUCGAUGGUAACCGCGAUGUCGCGCCGGAAGACAUAGCGGCAACCGAGCAAGCACUAUGGAACUGGCAAACUGGCAGCAAGCGUAGUCUUCAAUCAUCCCUUGAUCCACAGCACUCAGACGGACCAGUAGCUUUCAACUCAACUGCGCUUUUACGUCUUGCUUAUAUUAGGUUGAACAUUUAUACGGGACCUGGAAUAGCGCUUGACACUCGAGAUCCAAUACAGAUAGCCAAGGCACUCCGUACAAGCCCGCGGGUCAAACGCACACCAAAACUUGUUUGCGCCGUCUUACAUUCUGCUCGGGCAUUAAGUAUUCCGAUUAAAAUCGGUAUUCGACUCGUAGCACAAACACAAACUUUUAUCUGGUCGAUUCAACACUUACUGUGUUCCUUGGAGUCUGCCAUUUUACUGAGCAAAUGGUUGGAAGCGCUCUCGCAGCCAGAUCCAGAUCCGCCAGUAUCAUAUGAUGAGCGGAGGAUCGGCACCCUUGUGAAGAUGAUGCUGGACGAGACGGAGUUUGCUAUUGCGUCGAACCUGACUCUUGGAUCCCCUGCCAUGAUCAAGCAGAUGAAUGCGGGUGUGUUGCGUGUGUGGGCGAAAAUCUUCAAAGGGCCGCAGACUUGGGCUAUCAUUGAUACCAUCGGGAACUCGCUGAAUAUAUAUGCAGAUAUGAUCGAGGAUAACUAA